CAUUUCGUUUUCUAUAGAGCGAUAACGACUAGAUUCUACAUUGGCUGCGGCGUUAUCGAUUUUGGUGUUACUUUUAUUAUUUGACAUGCUUUUCUUCUCCUUUCGGAACUUCUUAAAAUAGGUGUUUCAUACAUAUUUUUUAGCUGCAAUAAUGUCUCUCAAUACAUAACUUACAUAAUGAUAUAACUGGUUUACAGAACUUUACUUUCAUUUUGCCUAUAUUAUACAGGGUUUGAAUCUAUACUUCGUAAUAUUUAUAUAUACAUUAUGAACCAAUCAUCAAUUUGUGAAAUGGAAAGGGACAUUUACACUGAGCAUGUUCCUGAGAUGGAUGAUUCAGUAGGGAAAAGACAAACAAGAAACGUUCUGAUUGGAUGCACUGGAAGUGUGGCAUCGGUCAAGGUGCCAAUACUUGUACAGGAGUUGAUGAACAUAGAUGAUCAGUUGGAAAUCAAAGUAGUGACCACUGAAAAUGCCCUCCAUUUCUUUGACCACACAUGUCUACAAGUCCCAGUUCUCCGAGAUGCUGAUGAAUGGCAGGGUUGGAAGACAAUGAAGGACCCUGUGUUACACAUAGAGUUAAGGCGCUGGGCUGAUCUGAUGGUUAUUGCUCCAUUAGAUGCAAACACACUAGCAAAAAUUGCUAGUGGAAUUUGUGACAAUUUACUGACAUGUACUGUUAGAGCCUGGGACUUGCAGCGCCCCCUUUUGUUUGCCCCAGCCAUGAAUACACACAUGUGGAAUCACCCACUUAGUGGCAAGCAUACCUCAGAGCUGCGGAACUUUGGCUAUAGAGAGAUAUCUUGUAUAAAAAAGACCCUGGCGUGUGGCGACACAGGAUAUGGGGCCAUGGCAGAGGUGUCCACCAUUGUUUCACAAGUGAUUGAAACAUUAAAUUCCAAAUCUUCAGUCACCUGAUCAACACAGUACAAGUGAUGUGAUGAGUUUUAUUCCUGGUCAGAAAUAUUUCAUCUAAGUCAAGUCAAAAGAAAAUAAGAACUUUUAUUAUAUUAAAAUGGAGAUUUUGCCAAC